AUGGCCAGAGUGAGUUUGACGGAUCGCAAUCUAGUCCCCGUUAGCUGUUGCUCGAAGGAAUUCCCGAUGGAAUAUGUGGAAAAAGCACUGACAAGGAAUCAGUUUAUGCGGUACAAGCGCUAUCUGGCCGAACGCGACCCGAAAUCGUCAACGCUUAAAUCGGAUCGGGACUACACGACGUUAGUGCACAAAAACCGUGGGAAGCAAUGCCCUUUAUGUGGGAUUGGCGUCGUGAAAGUCGCUGGGUGCAACGCGAUCACGUGUCCCCUGGGUCACUACUUCUGUUGGAAGUGCCUCAAGACAAGCUGCAUUUGCUGA